AAUCAUCACAUAUAUAUGGACACGUUCUCAUCUUAUCUCUAAAGCCUUCUUCUCAUCAUAUCUUAGUAGAAUCCAAUUUCAAUUUAAGCCAUUCAUUUUGUGACACAGCAAUGGCUGCAGAACAAGUUCUUAGAUUGCUUGAUUCCUUCUGGUUUGAGACUUCAAUUCUCACCAAUCGCAACAACAACCAAACCCCUUCAAAUCAAGACUCUCACAACAAUUUGGAAAAAGUGAUUCCUCUUGAUGAUGCAAAGUUUGUGCUAGUUCCAACUCCAACCCUUGAAGUUAGGUCCUAUAGUGACCAAAACUUGGAUUCCACAACAUGUGUUUUGUUAGAUUCCCCAUCACCAAAUUCUGUCCUCACCCCACAAAGGCUUAGGACAAUCCCUUCUGAGAGGGAGAUCAGAGAAUUCUCUUGUGAAAAAAGAGAAGAAAUAAAAAUUGAGAGAAAAGAAAGAGGUUUUGGUCAUGGAAGAAGAAGGGUGAGGAAAGGGAGAACUACUAGGAGCCUAUCAGAGCUUGAGUUUAAGGAGCUUAAAGGGUUUAUGGAUUUGGGGUUUGUGUUCUCUGAGGAGGACAAGGACUCAAGAUUGGUUUCUUUGAUUCCUGGCUUGCAAAGGCUUGGAAGAGGAGAAGAAGUUGAAGGGAAAGGUGAUGAUUAUGAAAGUGUGGCUUUUGAUAAGCCUUAUUUGUCUGAGGCUUGGGAUGUUUUGGACCAAAGGGGGACAGGAAAUGAUCCAUUGAUGGAUUGGAGGGUACCUGUUAGGGGUAAUGAAAUUGACAUGAAGGACAAUCUUAGGUUCUGGGCUCACACAGUUGCAUCCAUUGUAAGAUAACAUUUGCCAAAAGGAAAAGAAAAGAAAGUUAAGAAGUUUUAUCCAUUGGUGGAAGUUCUUAGUGCAAACUUGUUCCAUGUCUUCAACUAAUCAAGAGAAAUUAUUGUAUGGUCUGAAAUCACCAUCAUCUGACUAAUUUUUACAUGAUACAUAGUCGAGUUUUGUUAAUUUUUGUCAUUAAUUGAACAGAUAUGUACCAUGUGACUAUAGACACACAGGGUGGUUUGAGACUAUCCAAUAAUUUGUCAUAAUUGUUGAUGUUAGAUUAAGUUCUGGCCACUAAUAAAUGUACAUAUUUUACAAGUUUUUCUUGUAGCCAAUGUUGUUUUUCAUUUUUCUUUGUUUUGUGAUCUCUCUUCAAAAUGUAAUAUAUGAAAAAGAUACUUCUGAGUAUAUAGUAGCGUAAGCCUUUGGUGUGAGAUUUGGGCACUGGUAUUGGUUGAAUUUGCCAUCUUCAUGGGAUAAUUUGUAUUCUUCCUCUUAGAAUCUUGAUUAAUUUAUUCCAAGUGCUUUAAGAAGUGGCAAUUGCAUAAAGACACCCUUUUCAUUAA